AUGACGGCUCGGUCGCCGGGUAUUUCCGUCUCUUCGAGGACAUCCGGGGAGUCCCCAAAAGGAACUUCCGAUCUUAAGGCCGAAAACCAGGACAGGGCAGAGAACAUAACGGCAAUACGUAUACCGGAAGUAGUCCUCCAACCGGAAAAGGCGUGCCUGGGAGGGUGCAAGUUCUUCCAUAGAGACGCUCUUUCGCCGGAAGUUGACUUUACGGAGGGGGAGGGACGUAUAACGGGAAUCCGGCGCCGGGCGACUUCCUUUUCCGGCGAGCCGCAGCAGGAGCGAGGAGGCGCAGCCGCAGCCAUGUCUCUAGUGAUCCCAGAGAAGUUCCAGCACAUCCUCCGAGUCCUCAACACCAACAUCGAUGGGCGGCGGAAGAUCGCCUUUGCCAUCACCGCCAUCAAGGGGGUGGGCAGGCGUUACGCCCAUGUGGUGCUGAGGAAGGCAGACAUCGACUUGACCAAGAGAGCUGGGGAGCUCACUGAGGACGAGGUGGAGCGCGUCAUCACCAUAAUGCAGAACCCCCGGCAGUACAAGAUCCCCGACUGGUUCCUCAACAGGCAGAAGGACGUCAAGGACGGAAAGUACAGCCAGGUCUUGGCCAACGGGCUGGACAACAAACUGCGCGAGGACUUGGAGCGCCUGAAGAAGAUCCGGGCCCAUCGAGGCCUGCGUCACUUCUGGGGCCUGCGGGUCCGGGGUCAGCACACCAAAACCACCGGCCGCCGUGGCAGAACCGUCGGGGUCUCCAAGAAGAAGUAAAACUCUUUGUGUACAAAUAAAAUGUGGUGUUCUCA